UUUUUUCUCUUUUUUUUAUUUUUUCUCAAAAAAAAAAAGAACUCUCCGUUUUCUCUCAUCGUUAGAAUAAUGUCCUACUACGGAGACAGAGAUCGCGGUGAUCGUGACAGAGAAGAUAGAAGCAGACCCAACCCCUGCAGACUUUAUAUUGGCCGAGUUAGUCGCUAUGUACGCGAAUCAGACUUGAGAGAUCUUUUUAGUAGAUAUGGAAGAAUUAGAGAUUUACUUUUGAGAGAUUUCUAUGCUUUCAUUGAAUACGAUGAUGUCAGAGAUGCUGAAGAUGCAACUAAGGCACUUAACGGUUACAGACUUGAAAAUGAAAGAUUAAUUGUUCAGAUUGCUAAUGCAGCACGUAAUAGAAGUGAGCGUAGCAGCAGACGCGACUGUGAUAGUCGUGAACGUGAUUAUGACAGAGAUAGAGGUCGAGAUAGAGAUAGAAGAGAUAGAGGCUCAGAAAAUAGUGAUAGAUGUUAUAACUGUGGUGAAUUUGGACACAUGUAAGUCUAAUAUUAAAUUUAGCAAUAAAUAGAAGGACUAUUGUUAAUAUUGUUUUUCUUUAUUAAUAAUUGUUGUUAUUAGUGCAAAUGAAUGGUAGGUUAAUAUUUAUAUGCAUAUAAAAUUUACAGUUACUUACUUAUUUUAAAUGUAAUAGUUCUUUACCUAAGGGAAGUGGUGAACGUGCUACAAGGUUCCGAAAAGGUGUUUGCUUUGAAUGUGGCGAAACUGGUCAUAGAGCUCGUGAUUGUCCUGAUAGAAAUCGUGAUUCUUCAA